GACAUAUUUGAAAGUUCAGUUUAGCGACGGCCAGGCCAGCGACGGUCGCGAAACGGUCCGUAAAUCAAUAAAAAAAAUUCUAAUUUCAAAAAAGGCAAUCUCACAAAAAGAAUAGAAACUUGAUAUAAUUAGUAAAAUAAGAAGGGAAUUGUGUUACUAUUUAGUGUUACGAAGAUUGACGUGAACAUAAAAAUAGUGUGUGUGGCUGGUAAAAAAGAUAAAUUAAGAUUUACGUGGCAAAUUUUUGUAAUAUAAUCGUUAGCCAAGAUGGCCGCUCUCUGUCCUAAUAUCUGUCCAGGCAUUUCAUAUGGACUGUCUCAGAGCAAUAUCAGCAAUGCUAAUAAAGAAGUUAUAUUUGUGAAAUUAACGGAUUCAGCUUAUCGAGCCAUUGAGGAUUACCAGAAGAAUCAGAAUAAGCUAAGUUCGCAAGCAACAAUUCAAUUCUUAGGAAAUGAAGGGUACCUAUCGUUUCCAUCAUUGUCAAAUAACGGCGGCCAACAAUUUAUGUUUUCUAUCACGGAAACGGAUGAAAUUCAGGGGUCUUUCGACUGCAUACAACAGAACCACAAUCAAUUGGAUGUUGUGGGUGCGUUGACGAACAAACUCCGAAUUCACGCUAACGAGGACACAUACGAAGCAACAAGGCAUAGGAUGGCUGUGGUCGAGGAGACGAAGAAAAACAAUUGCACACGUGAAAUCAAACCGAAUCAAACAGAUAUUGGGCGAAAAGUAAAAGUGAAAUCCUCAAUAAAUCGUCUUUCCAACAUUCCUAGUAGUAGUACAUUAAACAAACGUGAUUCUUCUUCAGCGUCAAAUAGUUUAAAUAAUAAUGUUAACAAUAGUGCAACGAUAACACAAUCGUUAAAAAAUAAUAAUGUAACACACAACACACAACAACAACAACAACAACAGCAGAACGGUUUAACAACGUCAGCGCCAUUGCAAUCAUCAAAUCCCCUAAUCGCAUCGUCAAUCAUAUCGGCGACGACCAAUUCAAAUGUUCACAAUAGUCAAAAUACAAAUGGAUUACCUAUGUCGUUAUCAGCAUCGAGUGGUUCAGUGCCUAGAAGAGUAACUAAUAAUCGUAAUCAGAAUUCCAACAGUCGAGGGACUCCAGACAUUAUGAAAAGACCUAUUCGAGAACGGCUGAUACACCUCUUAGCUCUAAGACCGUACAAAAAACCUGAACUUUGGGCAAGAAUCACAAGUGAUGGAAUCCGGGAAAAGGAAAGAUCUCUAAUUAGUACUUGUCUGAAAUCGAUAUCAAUUUUACGCGAGAACACAUACUACUUAAGUCGGCACAUUUGGAAUGAUGUGCAAGAAGAUUGGCCAUUUUAUACCGAACAGGAUAGACAAACACUGAAAAGAAGAAAACCUCAAAAUUUAACUCCGCCAUUGAGUUCGGAUGGAGGUUCUGGACAGAGUCCAUCCAGUACGCACAAUGGCAGUCCGCCACCAGCUGUAAAGCGUCCAUCAUUGAAUAAUGAUAAACAUUUUCCCGACAGUGGUCCAUCGAGUAAAAAGCAAAGAAUAAGUCACUUUAAGAAAGAUGUUGUUGAUAGCAACAGGUCAGACUAUAAUUCUUGUGUUCAACUGCAGUGUGAUAAUUUGAAGUUAUUAAAUCGCAGGCGAAACGUCCUCGAUUCUAGAGAUGCGGCUAAUUUAAAUCCUCGUUCAAGGGAAUAUGAUGGAAUUCCAAUGCGUUCCUCAUCACAUUACAGUUCCAGUGUUACUCCUACUGCUGUCGAGUCCGAUGACAAUGUAUCAAGCUUAAAUUUCACCGUAUUGAAUUCGGAGGCAGCUAAGCGAAUAUCAAGUGGUUCAUCGUCGAUUAGCGACCAGGAGAAGGAUACUUAUGAAGAAACAACAAAACUGAUACGAAAACAGGCUUACAAUAAACCGAUGAAUGAAUCUACUACUUAUGACUUUAGUCAAUACUCGAAAAUAACGUCUAUUGAACAACGGCGUCAAUACAAGAAAGACUUCGAAAAAGACUUCCUUGAAUACAAAACAUUGUUUGAAAACCGGCAGCGAAUCACGAAACUGUUUACCGAUCUGGAGAGUCAACUCAGACAGGUGUCGAAUAACGAAGAACGGCAUAAGGUUGGACCAUCGUCUACGUCUCCCGUAACGUUGAAAAAGGAUAUACAACGGAAAAUCAUCGCUGAGUUCCAACGAACAAUUUCGGACAGUUCAAAGCAACAGCAGGAAGAGAGAUUUCAGUACCUGCAUCAGAAAUUGUCGCGAAUCAAAGAUAUCAUUCAUGCUUACGAUGAAUCACUUUUGAUCAACGGAACAGACGAGAUCGACGACUACUGACUAUAUUUUUAUAAUCUAAAACAAAGGAGGAGAAAAAAUUUUUUGUUUUUAUUUUGCUUUACUUUUUUUUCUGAAGAAAACAUUUGAAUUUGAAUUUGAAAGAUUUUUAUACAGAAAAUUUUAUAUUACUAAAAAGAAGACUGAUGAGUGAAAAUGGUUAUGUUUACGAACUAUUUCCUGGUCAAUCGUCUGUUAUUUGAAUGUUAUAUAAAAGAAAAAUCUCUGAACAUUAAUUCGUCGUGCCACACAACGGCCAACUGUUUUUAUUUGUAAUAGAACCAUGUAGGGAUGUGAUUCCUAUUUUAAAAUCAGACACAGCUCAGUAGAGAGAAAGAAACAACAAACAAAAUCCAAACAUUUAUGUCGCUCGAAAAUGAAUGAGACCAAAAAUCAACUGAAAAAACAAACUAAUAUGAGAAGCAGAGACAGAAACGUAUACCCAAAAAUUAGUAAACAAAAAUGAAGAGAGAACCGUUGCGGCUAAAAUAGCGAAAUGAAAGUAACAAACUGAAAAAUGAAAAAAAGGAAACAUAAAAAAGACUUAGUUUUGUGCUCUUAACAUAAUAAUUAAACUGAAAAAAAAAAGAAAUGAAAACUUAAAAUUCCUCAUUUAAUUAAAAAAAA